AUAUGAUUGCUCUCCGCUGUGCUGUAUCCACUCAAGACGCCGCGUAAUUUAUUGAAUUUCACUGCAUUUUCUGACGAAUAUUCAGAGAAAAUCAACGGAGACUACCUUUAAAACAUUUAUUUUCUUAAUUGGAGGAGAAUCCUGAAGAGAUUCGAGAAUUCUACUGUGCUAAUAAGAAUCUCAUUCGACGGAAAAUUACAGCUGGGUUGCUGCAUAACCUCACUUUGUGCGUUGACAGGCUGAAUCGGCGUUUUUGUUCGCUCUGCAUUUUCCAGGUGAAAAUACGACAAAUCCAGCCAAAAUGUCGCUCAACGACUACAAGCUGAGUUGUGAGUUGCGUGGCCACUCCUUGGACGUGCGAUCCGUGACGGAGGGCAGUGAUUUUAUCCUCUCAGGCUCGCGAGACAUGAAAGUGAAAAUGUGGGCCAAGGAAGGCAACUCGUACAAGGAGAGAGCGACGCUGCAGAAUCACUCGAAUUACGUGGCGGUGGUGUUCUAUCUGGAGGACGAAGGGUGGAUCUGCACAGGAAGCAAUGACUCGACGAUUUGCAUUUACACCUCCGGAUCUCUGGUGCCUGUGCACACACUGAAGGAGCACUCGGCCACUGUGAGUUGCCUGUGCAAGGGCCUGGAGCCCAGGAGUAUCGUGUCCGGCAGUUGGGACAAGACGGGCAGGAUUUGGAGGAUUUCCGACGCCAACACAGUGUCUUCUGUGGCUCUCCAGGGCCACGAUGCGGCUGUCUGGGCAGUGGAGUCCGUCUCCUGUGGCCAGAGAUACGUCACGGGCUCAGCGGACAAGAACAUCUUCGUGUGGAACGCUUCGGGUGUGAAGAUCUUCGUCCUCAAGGGCCACACAGACUGCGUCCGGGGAUUGAUUGGCCUGGGAAACGGAGGCCUUCUGAGCUGUGGCAAUGAUGCGGUGAUCAAGGUGUGGAAUGACGAGGGAGAGUGCGUCAAUGAGCUGUUCGGGCAUUCCAACUACAUCUAUUCGAUCGCCCUAAAUCGCAAUGUGGGCGAAGAUGUGCUGGUCAGUGGCGGAGAGGACAGCUCAUUGAGGAUGUGGAGCGCCUCGGAGGGCGCUCUGGGAUCGGAGAUGCACAUACCAGCACAGUCUGUGUGGUCUGUGGCUUGCCUUCGCAAUGGUGACAUUGUGACGGGCUCCAGUGAUGGAAUUGUGAGGAUCUUCACCAGGGAUCCAGCUAGGAUGGCGCCUGCGGACGUGUUGGCCGCCUAUCAGACGUCCGUGGAUGUGUGGCAGAAGGAACACAGUGCUGAAUUGGGGGGAAUCAAGGUGAAUGAUCUGCCUGGGCCGGAAUCCCUCUACAUGGAGGGCACGGAAGGCCAGACGCGCAUCGUGCGACAGCCAAAUGGGAAGAUUGAGUGCUUUCAGUGGACUCGUGGCAGUUGGCAGCUCGUGGGCGACGUGACUGGAGCGUCAGGAGGCACAAAUGCCAGUUCUGGCAAGACUCUCUACCAAGGCAAAGAGUACGACUACGUCUUCAGUGUGGACGUCGAAGAUGGAGCGCCGCCGAUAAAGCUGCCCUACAACCGUGGCCAGGAUCCGUGGUAUGUGGCGCAGGAGUUCAUCCACAAGCACAAUCUGCCACAAGUGUAUCUGGAUCAGGUGGCCAAUUUUGUGGUGAAAAACUCCGGCAAUGCUCCUGUGGCGCCUUCGGACAACACAUUCAGUGAUCCCUUCACGGGAGACUCGCGCUAUAUUCCGGGCAGUGGGGGUGGGAAUAAUGUUGGCGGAGGAAAUCUCUUGGAUCCCUUCACGGGCGCCUCCAGCUACAGAACGCAGCAAUCAGAGAAAAGCAAUUCCGGAGAGCAUUUUCCCACCAGCGCCUAUUCAACGAUGGCCACAGCGGAUCUGGAAAAGAUCCUGAAUAAGCUAAAGAGUUUCAACUCGGAAAACGCUCCGGAUGAGACGAAAGUCAACGACAGUGUUCUCAGUGAUGCAAUCGCCGUGGCGAGGAGCGAUGGAGAGUCGCCUGUGGCGCAGAUUGAGAGUCUCAAGUGCCUCCUGAGUUGGCCACGCGGCAUUCUCUUUCCUGUGCUUGAUCUCGUGCGCCUCGCUGUGCGAAAUGAGGCGACUUGCCGAACGCUGAUGACGACUGAGAUGACGAAGACGCUGGUGGAGUGCAUCAGUGACUCGGCGGCGAAUCAACUGAUGGCGCUCAGGAGUCUGGCCAACAUGCUGGCGCAUCAGGCGGGCCGAGACGUUGUCCACAGUCGUCUGGGAGAGAUUCUCGGCAGGAUCAGUGAGAUCCGGAAGGGGAGUGUGAAUGCCCAAGUGGCUGUCGCCACGUUUCUCCUCAACGCAACUGUGACCCAGAUGAGUCUGGCGAAUGCCGACGAGUGCAAGAUCCUCGGGGAGUGCUCUCUGGAGACGAUGCAGUGGAUUGAGGACAGAGAAGCGGUUUACAGAUGCCUCCAGGCGCUGGGAAACCUCACGUGCACGCCCGUUGGCCAGGAAAUAUUGGCUCUCGUCAUGUCAGUGGACGCCGUGGUGGACAAAAUCAAGGCGCUCUCGAGGGAGAGUGGAGCGGAGAAGCUGAUUGGGUGCUCCAGGGAUUUCUGCGUGACUCUCGGCGUGUGAAAAUUCAAUCACUUCAUCCCUUAACAAUUUAAUACAGCCUAUUUUACAACA